AUGGCUGAGAUCGAGGCCUCGGACAAGGAGCACCCGCUCAUGGGCGCGGUCAUUUGCUUCACCUCAGUCCCUUUGGAACAGAGACUUAGCAAUGUCGCGAAAGAGAUGGGCGCAAUCGAACGACCCGACCUCACAGCAGACGUAACGCACCUCCUCGUCGGGGCGACGGAUUCUCCGAAAUACAAAUUCGUCGCUCGUGAACGGAACGAUGUGACCGUAUUGAGACCAGAAUGGAUCGAAGCUGUUCGGCAAUCAUGGAUGCAGGGCGGGGACACAGACAUUCAAGCAUUGGUGAAACAAUACGAGCUUCCUACCCUUUUCGGUCUCACAAUAUGCAUCACAGGAUUCUCCGAUAUGGCCUUUCGAACCCAGAUGCAUGACAUGGCCGUGGAGAAUGGUGCGGAAUUUAGGAAAGACCUGACCAAAAGUGUCACCCACCUCGUUUCUCGCAGUACAGAGGGUGAAAAGUAUAAGUUCGCGACGCAAUGGAAUAUUAAAGUUGUCACGGUGAAGUGGUUUCACGAUUGCCUUGAGCGCGGGAUGAUCCUGGACGAGGACAAAUAUCACCCAACACUACCACCGGAAGAGCAAGGCGUGGGAGCGUGGGAUCGGACGAUACCAAUGAGUGCGAAAUUACAACUUGGAAAAGUCAGGGUAGCUGCCAAUGAUAGCUCGUCGAAUCCACGACCGAGGAAGAAGCUACGCAGAACGGCGAGUACUAAACUCAUCGGCCAAAACGAAAACAUUUGGGGAGACAUUAUUGGUGCUGGAUUUGCAAAUGAGGUGGCAGAAUCAAGAAACGAUCAAUCAGAGGGACCCGAUACUGAAAGGCCCAAACCUUUCAUCCAGGCAGCCAAAUCAUUUGCGAGCGAGACAACUUUCAGUGAAACGAUGGAUCAGCGUGGACUACCUGAAAUUUUCGCUCAAGUCCCAAAAGGGUUCCUUGACGGGUGCUAUUUCUACAUUCAUGGCUUUACUUCUAAGCAGAAAGGCGUUCUCCGACACCAUCUGGAAUUCAAUGCAGCUCAUUGUGUCGAUACAUUGACUGAGUUUUCCAGCCCUAGCAUACCAAAGACAGGGCAAGGACUUUACGUCAUGGUCCCUUAUAAGACUCCCAGGUCGGACAUUCCGUCUACAGAUGACAUGGCAUUCGAAUGCGAGAUCGUCACGGACAUGUGGCUGGAAAGGUGCCUAGAUGCCCGAGCCUUGGUCCCACCAGAAGCUCACGUUGCAAGCACACCGUUUCCAAAGUUCCCCAUCCCAGGAUUUUCGGGAAUGCGGAUAUGCUCUACUGGCUUUGCGCGUAUUGAUCUUCUACAUCUCUCUAAGCUGGUGGAUUUGAUGGGAGCGUCAUAUGAUGAAUAUUUAACACCCAAAGCCUCCGUUCUUAUUUGUAAUGACCCCCAAACCGCAAGCUAUGACAAACUUCGACAUACGAGUGAAUGGGGAGUUCCUGCGGUGUCCGCUGAUUGGUUCUGGAUAUCCGUGCAGACGGGCCGGAAGAAGCCCUUUGAGCCGUACAUUGUACGCAGACCCGUGUCGCAAAGCAAGAGCAGCAGGGAGCAGCUGAGUGGAGCCUCUGCCAAUGGGAAGCAGACGCAUCCACCGGCUGAGAAGGCUCGAGAGAUGCCUUCCAAAACAUCAAAAGAGCCAGCUACGGGGCAGCGGACAAAAAGUGUGGUACCAGGAAAACGUGACAAGCCCAGAGUGAUACCUAUAGUUGGCGACGGCUUCGCCGACGAAGAGCCUGCCGAAGCACCACAAGCAAGUGUAGCAGAAUCACAGUCUCCAUCCCCAGCCAGGAAUACUGAUGCGGCACCCACCGAAGAACCUGCAAAACAGUCAAAGCCGGCCGCUUCAUCCGCUCUAGACACCGCGUUAAAGGGCCUUCUUCAGCAAGCCCAAGCUGCCAAAUCAAGACGGCAAUCGGAGAGCAUGACUACCGAAGAUAGCAGCUACCCCCAACGACGGAAACGCAAACCGCUCCUUGGACGUGCACCCUCGCAUUCAUCAAACCGAGCGACUGAGCUCAAUCGUGCUGCCUCACGAGCAAGCUCCAUCGAUACCCUCAACGACGAUGGUCUCGGCUCGGCUGUCGAAAGUGCAGAACCAACACGGGAAAAUUCAUUCUCCCGCACCAACAGCCGCAACGACCAAAGUCUAUCAUCUAUGUUCAGCGGUGCCAAAUUCGACUUUUUAGCAGACCGCCUGCCCGCACAGCUUGACAACGAAGACGAAGAGAACCAGGAGCCCCAAAUGACGCAGUUAGACUACGAAGACCCCGACGCUGCGGCUAUGCGGGCAGAAUUCUUGCGUAAUGCUGGCAAAUUAGCUGGUAAUCCCCAGAGGGCUCAUUCUGACAUGCUUGGUGAAGUUCGGGAAUUAGAGGACGUUGGGUGGGGGCAUGGGAGGAGGACUCGAAAACACGUUUCAAAACCGACUGAUGAUGAGUGA